AACGCCAGACAUCUUAAUUCGGUCUAUAUUAUCUGCAGCCAUGACAAAGACAAAUUGGCGUCUUCUUCUUCUUCUCAGUUCUAAUUAACUGGAAUGACUUGGAUUCUCACCUUCAUUUCUAUAAUGGGUGUGAGUCCUCUUUUACUCACGAUCCUCAUCACCCUCUCUUUCUUUUUAUCAGAAACAGAGUCAACAUCGUUCGAGAUAGUCAACAACUGCAACUACACAGUCUGGCCCGCAGUUAUCUCCUCCGGCACAGUAAACCUGUCGUCGCUGUCGACCACCGGCUUCACGCUCAAGAGCGGCGCGUCCUUCAACCUCUCCGUCCCCAACUCAUGGCAGGGUAGGGUGUGGGGCCGGACACUCUGCAACGAAUCCUCCACCGGAAACUUCUCCUGUUUCACCGCCGAUUGCGGCACCGGAAAAGUCGAGUGCGGCGGAAAUGGCUCCAAACCGCCAGCUACGUUCGCCGAGUUCUUAAUCAACAGCACCGGCAUGGACAUCUAUGAUGUUACCCUGGUCGACGGGUUCAAUCUCCCAAUGGUGGUGGAGCCCCUUGGUGGCAGCAACUGCAAAUCUUCGGGAUGCUCGGCCGACUUGAACGGCGCGUGUCCCAAGGAGCUGAGGGUGGCGCGUGAGGGGAGCCAAGGGACCGUGGCGUGCAUGACGCCGUGCACGGCGUUCAAUAAUGAUCUGUUUUGUUGUACCGGGCAGUAUAAUACACCCGAGACGUGUGCUGGGACCGUAUAUACCGAUUAUUUCAAACAAAGAUGCCCGAAAGCGUAUACCUACUCGUAUGAUGACAACCAGACUACGUACACAUGUGUGUCAGCUAACUACAGCAUUGUUUUCUGCCCGAUCAGUUUGGACCAAACACCAGCUGAAACACCAGCAGCCAAAGAACCAACUGUACCCGAACAGGUUCCUUCGAAAAGUAAAAGACACAAAAUCAUCAUUGCCUCUGUAGCGUCAAGUGCUGGGAUUAUUAUCUUCAUAUUAGCGGUAUUAGCGGGACUAUGGAGCACUAAAAGGAAGAAGAGACAACAAGAGAUCCAAAAUAGUUCAUUGGAGUUGGACGAUGGUCGACGCUUCAUGUACUCGGAGCUUGUAAAGAUUACCAAUAAUUUUGCAUCGCCAAUUGGAGCAGGUGGAUUUGGAAAAGUCUAUCAUGGUAUUCUGGAAAAUGAUAUGCAAGUUGCCGUCAAGUUACUUAUUUCCGCAUCAGGCUCCAGUGAAUUUCAAAAUGAGGUUAAGCUAUUGAUGAGAGCUCAUCAUAGAAAUGUGGUUUCCUUCACUGGCUACUGCUAUGAUGGAAAGACUAUGGCACUUGUAUUUGAAUAUGUUGCCAAUGGAAAUUUACAACAACAUUUAACAGCUUCAGAUGUAGAUACAGGAAACAUUUUGACUUGGAAGGAGAGACUUCAAAUCGCAGUGGAUGCAGCACAAGGACUGGAUUAUCUACAUAAUGGUUGCAAGCCUCCCAUAAUCCACAGAGAUAUAAAGACCUCCAAUAUAUUGUUAACUGAAAAGAUGCAAGCCAAGAUAUGUGAUUUUGGUGUUUCCAAACUUCUUUCAACUGAAACCGCCACUCAUACCAUGACAGAUCACGUCAGAGGAACUAGAGGAUACUUUGAUCCUGAAUACUACACCACAGGAAAGCUGAACAAAAAGAGUGAUAUAUACAGCUUUGGUAUUGUGUUGCUAGAACUAAUCACGGGCAGAACAGCAAUAAUAGAAGAUGUAGAACCCGAACCUGUUCACAUAUGUCAAUGGGUGAGGCCUAUGUUUCAGAGAAGAGAUAUUGAAAGUAUAUUGGAUUCAAGGAUACAAGCAGGGACUUACAACGUUUCCUCUGCUUGGAAGGCGGUAGAAAUCGCCAUGGAAUGUGUGUCAUCAACAGCUUUCGAAAGACCAGAUAUCAAUGUUGUGUAUAAGGAACUGAAGGAAUGUUUUGAAAUUGAGGUUCCACCUGAAAUAGCAAAGGUUCCAGAGGUUGAUGAAGAGAGUGAUGAUUGCAGUACUAAUUCAAGUGUUUCUUUUCACAUGGCGUCCCACGCUGAGUCUGAAAGCUUCUUAGUUCAUAUGAAGUCACACAUUGAGUCUGAAACUGAAAGGCAUACGUGUUAGUUAUUAUUUUGUUUUGAAAUCAACAUGUUAGUUAUUCUUGCACUGUUAAAACAAGAUUGGAAUUAUACGGGGGCGGAAACUAAUUGGACUAUUUCUACAAAUCUAGUAGAACAUUGCUCCGAUUUAAACUGUUCGUGGGUUCCUGGAUUGCAAGAGUAUAUUAUUACCUCUGGUGGAUCCAGAAGUAUGUCUUAAAUUAAGUUCUUGCAACUGAAGUGGCACUCGUAUUUCAACUUAUGCAAAGGAACAUUUUGGGUACCUUGAUGCUGUAAACUGCAGGUUAUAAAAACUGAUGAAGAUUUUCAACGUUCGCGAUUAUUUCAGGAUCAAUGACUUCUGAUAAACAGUUGCACAGAUCAAUGAGAGCGUU